GGCUUCACUCCCCUCAUCCUGGCAGCGACGGCGGGCCACGAGAAGAUCGUCGAGAUCCUCCUCAACCACGGCGCCGACAUCGAGGCGCAGUCCGAGCGCACCAAGGACACGCCGCUCUCGCUGGCCUGCAGCGGCGGCCGCUACGAGGUCGUCGAGCUCAUCCUCAGCCGCGGCGCCAACAAGGAGCACCGCAACGUGUCGGACUAUACGCCGCUGUCGCUCGCCGCGUCGGGCGGAUACGUCAAUAUCAUCCGGCUGCUGUUGCACCACCAGGCGGAGAUCAACUCCCGCACGGGCUCGAAGCUGGGCAUCUCGCCGCUGAUGCUGGCGGCUAUGAACGGGCACACUGCGGCCGUGCGCCUGCUGCUCGACUGCGGCUCCGACAUCAACGCGCAGAUCGAGACCAACCGCAACACCGCGCUUACGCUCGCCUGCUUCCAAGGCCGGCACGAGGUUGUGAGCCUGCUCCUAGACCGCAAGGCGAACGUGGAGCACCGCGCCAAGACGGGGCUCACGCCGCUCAUGGAGGCGGCCAGCGGCGGCUACGUCGAGGUGGGCCGCGUGCUGCUGGACAAGGGCGCCGACGUCAACGCGCCGCCCGUGCCCUCCUCGCGCGACACCGCGCUCACCAUCGCCGCGGAUAAGGGACACACCAAGUUCGUCGAGCUGCUGCUGCAGAGGCGAGCGGCGGUAGAGGUGAAAAACAAAAAAGGCAACUCCCCCCUGUGGCUGGCGGCCAACGGCGGCCACCUCACAGUCGUCGAAAUGCUCUACGCAGCCGGCGCGGACAUCGACUCGCAGGACAAUAGAAAGGUUUCAUGCCUAAUGGCCGCAUUUAGAAAGGGCCAUACUAAAGUAGUUAAAUGGAUGGUAGGCGUAGUUACGCAAUUCCCCUCUGACCAGGAAAUGACAAGGUACAUCUGUACAAUAUCGGACAAGGAACUCCUCGAGAAAUGCCAGGAGUGCGUGCGCGUGAUCCGCGCGGCCAAAGAGACGCAAGCGGCGCGCGCCAACCAGAACGCGACCAUCUUACUCGAGGAGCUGGACGCCGAGCGCUGCCGCGAGGAGACGCGCCGCCAGGCCGCCGCGCGCCGCCGCGAACGCAAGAAGAAGAAGAAGAUGGAGAAGAAGGUCGGUACUACGCAGGCAGAGGAACGUCGCAAACUGCAGGCGGAGAACGACAAGAAUUCGAUGUACAGCGAGAAGGCGCUGGGCGAGUGCUCCGAGGGCGGCGAGCCCGACGACGAGCCCGCCGCCAAGGAGGAGGGCGACUCCGGCAUCGACGCCAACUCGCAGGGCUCAUGCUCUUCCUCGGAUGUGAAAGCUCCCCCCGCGCAAAACACCAAGUGCAAAAAGAAGAAGAAAGAGGAGAAAACGCCCCCACCACCUGCAGCCAGCAACAAGAAACAACCUGACAAACCGACAAAACCCAAACUAGAGACAAAGCCAGAGAAGGAGAGCACCCCCAAGGCGGAUAAGAAAGAGAAGGAGAAUGUCGCGCCUGCAUCCCCUCCCCCCACGCCCGCGCGGGCCCCCGCCGCGCCGCCGCGGCAAGAGAAGAGAGACAAAAAACCUGAAGAGGAUAGCCCUAAGAGCAUUACAGUACAAAAUGUAAAUAAAUACGGGAAUAACUCUAGAAAGAGUCAAGUGUUCGAAUCCACUAGGCACAAUGUGGACAAGGACGAGUUUGACACGACAGAAAAAGUUAAAAAGUCACACAAGUAUCAAUUGGAGGCAGAGGGCAAGAGCACGUCGCCCAAGGGCGGCUGCGUGGGCGGGCGGCGCGAGGACGGCUGGAAGGAGGUCGUGCGCAAGUCCAGCGUGCAGACGCUGUCCACCGUCGAGCCGGGCUGCAAGAAAGUGUCUGUGGCGUCGCACGCCAUCUCGCGGGUGAUCGGGCGCGCGGGCAGCAACAUCAACGCCAUCCGCGCCGCCACCGGCGCGCACAUCGAGGUCGACAAGCAGAGCAAGGGCCAGGGCGAGCGCAUCAUCACCAUCAAGGGCUCAGCGGAGGCCACGAAGCAGGCGGGCUCGCUGAUCGCGGCCAUGAUCCGCGACCCCGAGGCGGACAUCGCGGCGCUGCUGCCGCCCAAGCCCGCCAAGCAGCCGCCGCCGCAGCCGCAGCCGCCGCAGCCCAAGCCGCCCAAGCAGCCGCCGCCCAAGCAGGGCAGCAGCGUGAGCGCGAGCGCCAGCAGCCGCAGCACGCCGACGGCGCGCGCGCCCGCCGCCACCAAGCAGCACGCCACCACCGCGCGCCCGCCGCAGCUGCGUCUGCACGUGGCAGUAGGCGAGAAGCGCGCGUCGUCAUCCGGCGCUAGCGGCAACGUACCAGCGCCAGCCGCUAAGCCCACGCUAUCCUAUACCGGAGCCAUCGUAGGCGCGCGCUCCCACACCUUCGCUGCUAAACUUACGGCCACCGCGCCAGCCGCGUCCGCGCCCGUAGCGCCGCCUACACCCGCGCCCGCGCCGCAGCCCGCUGAGAAACGACCCACGCUGCAGCUCAGCAGCCCGGCGAGCAGCACGAGCGCGUGUGGCGGCGUGUCCCCGCUGAAGGCGCGCGAGUCGCCGCCGCCGCGCGCCGACGACGCCGAGCCGCCCGCGCCCGCCACGCCCGCCGCCGCCGAGCGGCCGCCGCAGCUAAGCCCUGAUAAUUCAAGCUCAUGGAGCGACAAUCAAGAGAAUACAUCGAAUCCCUCUACAGCGCUGCACAUCAACACCACGCCACAGGCACCGGGCAGCGGCGGCGGCGGCGCGCAGGAGUACUCGCUGUUCAAGGACCUGUCGGCGGCCGGGGGCGGCAUGUGGGCCGCCGACCACAGCGUCGAGCCGCCGCCGCAGGUCAGUCGCAGCGCGCUGCAUGAGGAGGAGCGCAAGCCGCGGCCCAUCGGCACCGAGCGCGCCUGGAAGCUGACGGCCGGCGACGACUGGCCGCACCCGCACCACCCGCACCAUCCGCACCACCCGCACACGGACCACGACCGGUACCAGGAGGAGGAGCGCAAGCCGCGGCCCAUCGGCACCGAGCGCGCCUGGAAGCUGACGGCCGGCGACGACUGGCCGCACCCGCACCACCCGCACCAUCCGCACCACCCGCACACGGACCACGACCGGUACCAGGGUGGCGGCGCGGGCUGGGGCGAGGAGGAGGAGCGCAAGCCGCGGCCCAUCGGCACCGAGCGCGCCUGGAAGCUGACGGCCGGCGACGACUGGCCGCACCCGCACCACCCGCACCAUCCGCACCACCCGCACACGGACCACGACCGGUACCAGGUCAGUGGAGAUAUUGUAUUGAUGGGGGCCCGGUGGCGGCGCGGGCUGGGGCGAGGAGGAGGAGCGCAAGCCGCGGCCCAUCGGCACCGAGCGCGCCUGGAAGCUGACGGCCGGCGACGACUGGCCGCACCCGCACCACCCGCACCAUCCGCACCACCCGCACACGGACCACGACCGGUACCAGGUGCGUUGAACAUGGUGCAUUUUUAUUAG